CUAUAUCUGACCAUUUUUUUUCUCUCUCUCUCUCUCUCAUUCUGUGUGUCUGGCUCUGUAGGUCUGCUUUAAUUUACAAAGAACCUGAUUCUCUGAACACGAGGGAACGACUUGCACUUUCUUUCUUUCCUUCUUUCUCUUUUGUGCAGAGAGUCUCUUCGUUAGCUUUUUGUCUUUAAUCCACCACUGUUGUUGUUUUUCACCGACGAGCUAUAGCUCUAUAUCUAUAGCUAUAUCUAUAUAUCUAAUCCAAGCAAAGAGAGAGAGAGCGAAAAACAAGAGUCUGAGAUAGAAACGGAGAGAUAUCUGGCAACUAACUAAGUGUGUUGAUUUUUCUCUUUCUUUGGAAAACCCAAACGCCACUUUUUCGCUUCUCUUUCCGCCUAGCUUUUCGCUAAAUACUCAAAACCCAAACAAACCCACACACAUACACAAAAAAAGACAAGAGAGAGAGAGACUUCUUCUAUCUUCAUACAUUUUCUCUCUCUCUCUUUACGUUCUUUCUCAUCAUUCACAUUUUCAAAGGGAAACUAUAUAAUUUACUCUCAACUUUGUGAUAUUGAAGAAUAGUUAGAUCUGGGUUUGAGCGUUUUUUUUGUUGUGGUAUUGUGAGCCAUAAAAGCAGUUUUCAAAACAAACCCAGAUGAUGAUGAUGUUGUUGUUGUUAAUAGCUAAGAAGAAGAAAUGGACAAAGCUCGCCAAGUGAGGCGUGGAGCUAGUCGGUUCUCUCUCACCAGGUCCCACAACAAUAACAACAACAACAAGCACUUCUCUGGGUCGGAAGAUUGUGUUGGUGGGGACUUUGUAGUUGUACAUUCGGAAAGAGCGAAGAAAGAGAGGCUAAGAGAAUUGAGUGUUGCUGCUGGUACUAUAACAACAAGCUCGAGCUUCGAUUACCAAGACUGCGAAAUGGGUUGUGAUCACGUGUCUGAUAAUGAAGAUGAGCUUCACUUAGAAGAAGAAGAAUCUUCUUUGAGUAUAAUUGGUUCUAGCAAGAGAUUUAAGGUUCCCAAAAAGUUUUUUGAUGACUGCAAUGGCGUUGAUCAUGCCUCUGUUCCAAGAAAACUACGGUCAGCAACAAAGAAGCGCAAUCGCGAAUCUAUUUCUCAACCUUUACCAGAUUCAAAGAAGCUGAACCAUAAAAUCAGUGGAGUGGAAUCAUUCAUAAAGAAUGGAGCAAAGAAAUCCAAGCUGAGCAUGAAACAAUGUGGCUCAGACAAGUUCCCAAGAAAGACUGUCACUGGGCCAAUAACAAAGGAUGAGGAAGAAGUUGUGGAGACCUUGUAUGCAUUGGCUGGAAUGUUCCCAAACAAUGAUGCAAGUGAGAAGAGUAAAUUAGACAGUGAAUCUAUGGAAGCAAAACCUUCAGCAAUGCCAGUGUCAAAGGAGAGCCCAAUGCCUACAUUGGAAGAUUCUGCAGUUACAAAUGACAACUUGAGCUCCACCCCCUUGAUAACUGCCGAGGCUGCCAAUUCGUCGUCUAAUUUUGAAAGUUCACCUAAAGAAACUGCAAAAGUAGAUUCUUUGGAUGAACUCAGUGUUCAAGAAAAACCUGUUUUGCCCGAAAGCAAGAAAAUUAAUAUGGAAUCAGAUUGUUCUGGUCAUCAAUUGAAUCUAAACAGCAUGUCAUUCUUGGCUAAUAGUGAAAGUAGCAAUGAAAAUCCAUUGCGCUAUUCUGAUCUAAGCUUGGAUACUAGAUUAAAGCCACCCGCACAACCAGGGACCCCAAUAAUUGAUGUGAAACCAGAGAUUGCACUGGGGCCAGUCAUAGCCAUUGGAAGUCAACCAGAAGAACAAAAUGUGAUCAAGGAGUCCAAGAAAAAUGGUCCAGCAUUGUGGCCAGGCUUGUCUUCUGAGGCGUCACAUGGUGUUGGGAGUCAUGGUCUUUUGCAGUCUUCAGAUGCUAAAAUUCCAGGUUGGCUUGACACUGCUACGUUUGCCCCCAGACACAGGUCUUUUGAAAACGGUUCUUUAACUGGAAAGGUUUCAAAAGUUGUUGUCAACAAAAAGCCAUGGAAGAGGUGUGCCACUCAUUUUCACAUAAGUCAUCUCAUUCAGAUUUUAAAUAUUCAAGAGAACCAAGAGAGGUUGCCACUGCAACCUAAUCAAUUGAGACCACAGGAAGGAUCGAGUCUAGGAGUUCUUAUGGCAAUUAACAACUUUCAAGGUGUAGAUAACAGAUUAAAUGCAAUUGCUUCUCCUAGCAAUGUAUGCAAUUCAACCACUGAAAGAAAUAUAUCUGAAGCUAAAACUGGUAGCCUUCAGCACCAGCGGCUCCAUCAAGAUCAGCCCCAGGCUGCUCUGGCGUCUGGGGCAUACAAUUCACAGCAGCAGGGUUUUGAUUUCUUGUCACUGUCGGCUGGAGGGGGUGGGGUGGAAGCUAAGAAUAGUGUUAGUAGAGCUGGAAAUGGAUUAGAUUCUUCGUCACAAUUCCAAGUUCCUUAUCUUCAAUCUCUGGCACAAAAGCAGACUCUCAUGCCUUUCUCUAUGCCCCAAAGUCGCUAUACCUCCUCUGCUUACUCUGAUCAGCUUUCAGUAGCACCAGCAGCAGCACAUCAGGUCCAGCUGCAGCUACCUCUAUAUCUUGGCAGUCCACUAUGUGGUCCUAAUGCAAGUCCUGCAGCCUUGACAAAACAACAGCAGCAUCAACGCUUUUGGCCUGCCCAGCUGGCAGCUCAAUACAGGCCUGUGGGAACUUCAACAUCCAUGACCCAAGUUCAGAGCUGGCAACAGGGAAGGCAAGACACUCAGAUGCGGAUCCCAUGUUCCAACGUCCAUAUUCCUCCACCCCCUUCACCACUAGAAGUACUUGGCCCUAAAUACACGCCAUUCUCUCAACAGCAGCAGUACCUCAUGGACAUUACUUCAUCAUUGCCCCAUGCCCGGGUAAAAAGGCAAGACCACCUUCUCCCCUCUGUCUACGAAGAGACUGGAGGUGGCUUCCAUGCCAGUGGUGCAUUGCCAUUGCAAUUACUCUGCAAUGAGCGCCUUUGAUGUGAGUCGCAUUGACAACUCUUUGAUGGGACAUAAGGAUGGGUAACACAUUAUUUCGAUAAUUCUUUCUGUUCAUACUUGGGACUUGGUGCCUCAACUUUGGCAUGAUCGAAUAAGUGAUGAUACAUGCAAGGUUUGACUGAUAACAAUUUCCGAAUAUCAAAUGAUCAGAAAAGAAGAGCACUCCGGGCAAGCAGAGGAAACUUGCUGUGACCUCUAGGCGGAGUGAAAACCUGGACCUAUCAGCUGCUAGGAUGAUGAUUAAGUUUUGUAGAAUAAUCCUUUUACGAGCAUUACCACAUUCAUGUCCUUUUACAAACAAUGAUACUAAAUAGAAUGGUUAAGAUUAUGUUCAA